UGUGUCCAUGUGGGUUUGAUUCUCUGUGAUGCUGAUGGGCUGUUAGGCUGCGGGAGGCUCUGCUGAGGGGGCAGUGAAGGUUUGGAGUGCCCUGGCAGCGAUGAGUGGACUGAAGGUGACAGCUCUGGGGCGUCUCUCCAAGCUGCUGAAAACCCUCCGGGCUGUGCCAGCACGGCCCUGCAGCCUGGCUGCCUGCUCCCGGAAAAACAGCAGGAAUGCUGCCUUGCAUCCGCUGUGGCAGAGCCCGCUGACAAUUCCCGGAGGCACCCGCCAGUCUCCCAUCAACAUCCAGUGGAGGGACAGUGUUUAUGAUCCCUUCCUGAAGCCUCUGAAAAUCAGCUAUGACCCCACCACCUGUCUUCACAUCUGGAACAAUGGCUACUCCUUCCUGGUGGAGUUCGAUGAUUCUGCUGAUAGAUCAAUUAUUGUUGGAGGCCCCUUGGAAAACCAGUACAGGCUAAAGCAGUUCCACUUCCACUGGGGAGCUGUCAAUGACUGGGGCUCAGAGCACACAGUUGACUGUAAAUUUUACCCAGCAGAGCUGCAUUUGGUGCACUGGAAUGCUGUGGAGUACCCGAGUUUUGAGGAAGCUGUGAUGGAAGGGAAUGGCCUGGCUGUUAUUGGAGUGUUCUUGAAGCUGGGAGCACGGCACGAAGGGCUGCAGACCCUGGUGGAUGCCCUGCCAGCAGUCAGACACAAGGACACUGUGAUCGAGUUUGAUGUCUUUGAUCCCUCGUGCCUGCUCCCUUCCUGCCCUGAUUACUGGACCUACGCUGGCUCCUUGACCACUCCCCCCCUCACUGAGUCAGUCACGUGGAUCAUUAAGAAGAAGCCAAUCGAGGUGGAUGAGGAUCAGCUGGAGGCCUUUCGGACGCUGCUGUUCUCGUCGCACGGGGAGGAGGAGAGGAGGAUGGUGGACAACUUCCGCCCGCUGCAGCCGCUGAUGGACCGCACCGUGCGCUCGUCCUUCCGCCCCCAGCUCAGCCCCUAGCUGCCCCAGCACCCCCAGCACUGCCCUUCUGUCCAUGCCCUUCCACUGCCAGUGCUCCUGGACUGUCCCCAGGGCAGCUGUGGGGUUUUUUAGUUUGGCUUUUUUUUAAGAAGUGAGUGAUAUUAACUCUUAAUGGAGUGACUUGUUCUUGAGGCGGGGGUCAAGAAGGAAUUAUUAAGACAGUUAAAGAUAAGGACAGGAGAUCUCCUCCCCUGUUCCUUCUCUGAAAUGCUCUUUCAGUGCCUUGCAUGAAUUAAUAAUCCUGGGUAAAAAUGGUUAAGAAGGAGGAAGUGGGAAGAAAAGAAAAAUAUCAGUACUUUGAUAUAAGUACAGGACUGAUCAGGUCCUUUUAGGGAAUUGUUUGAUGUCUGUGAAGAGAGCUGGAAGGGAACUGGCUUGUCUCAGAGACAUUUUACCUUCUUUUUUCCUUGGAUGACAGGAGAAGGACAAAAAUGGCUUCCAGGAUCUCUUUCCAUUCUGUUGGCUGCACAUUCCAUGUUUGAUGUGGGUGCCACAGAAUGCCCACUGUAAGGACACCAGGAGCCAGAAGACUUUUUCUAAAACCUUUUAACAACUGUAGAAGUUUUGGCAGCUUUUGUUUUCCCAUGUUAAUAAUCUAUCAGGAGAAGGGAGGAGAAGAGAAUUCACCAGUGUCUCAAGACUGGCAAGGGCAGCAAAUUAGGUGAAAAUGUCCAGUUGAUCCCAGGAAACUGAUCACAUCAACAGAAGGCAAGAUUAGAUAAGGCCCAGCUGACCCUCCCAGUGGGAUUAGGAGGACAAAAACCCAAACCAUUCCUCAAACCAGUGCUAGGAGAGUGUGGACAAAACACAGCACUGGGAAAGGGCUUUUAUUUCAGUAACUCAGAGAGCACCAGUGCUCUCUUCAGUUUUGCCUUGAGAUGUAUUUUCCUCUAAAAACGCCUACCCAGCUUCAGGACCAGUGGGGACCAGUUUGUUUUUAUUGCACCUUAUGGUAACAAGGUCCAGUGGGGGUUGGAACUGAUUUGUGGACCAAGCAGAGCUGCUGUGUGAGCUGCCAGCUCCGAGCCCUUCCCAGGAGCUGUGAUCCAGCAGCCCCAGGGAUCACUGACCUCUCACAUCCUACUAAACCUAGUUUUCUCUCAGGCACCUUUCUCUCUGGCCUUCGUGCUCUGCUGUAUUUAGCAGAUUAAAUUCCUGCACCAGAUUUCUGAUGAGGAGCCAGCUCUGUGUGUGAACUCCCUGUGCCAUCUCCGUGGGUUGUGUUUGAGGAAUCUUUUCAGGAAUCUUUCCUCCCUCUGUUUGAUUCCUGGUGGGAUUCAGUGAAGCCACAACCUGGCUUGGCAAUGCUAAAUCCAGUUUUCCAAUUGGUACUUUGGUUUUUUCAAGUCCAAGUAUUCAGUUUCAAAGCACCUUAACACUUUUCAGUGUGACCCUGAUGAUUUUAAGGGUUUGAGAUAAUGUUGAAGCAGUUGAGUGCCCAGAUCCUGUCUUUCCUUCCUCAAUAGCUCUACCUCAGGCUGAUGUUCUGGUGCCACAGUUGUGCCUUUGUCCCCUGCAUUGUGGCCCCUUUAGUUGAGUGACUCUGGGUGCUGAAAGGAAGGAAAUCUCCCUCUAUUCCAGUGCAGGAUAUUUUUCCUGUUGGGAAUUCAGUGGAGCUCUUUGGUUUCACCACUUUCCCCUAGCCCUCCCUGCCUGGGGGAACAUUUCCAUCUUGGUUGUGCCACCUCCCUUUGGAUGGGGCGGGGAUUAUCCUGGGAAUAGUGGAAGGUGUCCCUGCCAUGGCAGGGCUGGCACUGGAUGAGCUUUCAGGUCCUUUCCCACCCAAACCAUUCCAUGAUUUUCUGAUUGCAUGAUCUCAGUUGAGCUCUGCAGGUUUUGCCAUCAUCACUCAGAUUGUUAGCUACAAAGCCACAUCAGUGAUGAUUUUGCUGGAGAAUGACACAUUCCAAAACAAAGCUGGAAGGAAUAUCUACAGUCCAGGGAACAGGAAAAGAAUGAUUUUACUUUUUGCCUGAAUAUAUAAUAAUUAUGAUCCAGUCAUAAAGUCUGAGAUAUUUAUUCAGUGCUGUUCUUGCAGACACUUUCUGAGGAGGACCCUGGAGAAAGAUGGCAGCAGCUCAGAUAUUUUCUACUCAUUAAUAGAAAAAAUUGUAAUGCAAAGACAUCUUAAUGUUGCCUUUUAUUUAAAACCAGAGCUGCCACUGAGUUUUUGGAUUUCUCUGACCCACUGAGAAGAAUCACCCGUUGAUCCAGCUUUCCCAACAAACCCAAAAAACAGAUUAUUUUAGGGAACUGCCAGGGUAUAACUGUUUAACCCCAGCUGCUCUGGAGCUCUGCAGCAGCCUCACAGCCACUGAAUUCUCCGUGGUUUGCUCCACUCAAUCAGAUUUUCCUCCUGGAUGUGAAAAUCCCUUUUGAACCACCCUCCAUCCAUCAGAGGGAAUGUGGGAUAUUCCCUUCCCAUGAUCCAGUUCAAGUUCUCAGAGAGGUUUAUUUAAAGUUCUCCCAGAGGUUUACUUUGUUCAAGUAUUGCCAUGGAAGCUUUGUUAGAGAACAGUGAAUUACCCAGUGAUGCAGUUAAGCUGUGUCCAUAUCUCCAUCAAAUCACACCUUUUUUUACUGACAUAAAAUAAAGAGAUUCCAGUUAUAGCACUGAUCACUUCAAAUAGCUGAAAACAGGGUUAAUGUAGAUUAAAAAUAACUCUAAUGUGCUAUAAAAAGAAGUUUUACAGGUUUUAAAUUUAUUUUGCUGUUUCUUGAGUCCUGCAUUUCUGUGUAGUGUUUGAGCAUCUCCUGAAGGCAGGCAGGAGCUCAGCUGCAGGGCGGAUUGCUGGAAUUAAUCUAGAAAUGAAUGCACUGAGGUUUAUUUGAUUGGGUUUUUUUCAGUUUGAACUUUCCUGUUACAAUGACUUUAUGGACCUUGUGAAUGUAAACUUUAGGAAAAUAAUUGUGUUUGAAUCAAGAGAUGGGACAAAAUUCCUGUGCCUUAUUCUCUCAGUUCUGUGUGGAAAAAUGAUUUGAUUGUUGGGUUAGAGCUGAUUUUGCACAAUUAAGUUAAAAAGGAAUUUUGGGCUCUUUUGGGUGGCACAAUACAAAAGGGUCAAAGCACAUACUUGUAUUUCCCUUGUAUAAGAGUCACUUUAUUAGUAAAUACUGUCCUGGGAGGCAUUCCUGGGGUAGCAAGUCCCAGGAAUUAAAGACUGUCACUGGAAUGAUUCUGGGACAACUCCCUGCAAAGGGAGGAGGAGGUUUGGAGGUCUGUGCUGGUCUGAUUCCAGCUGCCUUUCAGGAUUCCUCUGAGCUGCUGCUCUCACCUUGUCCUGGGUGACUUCACAGUGGGGACAACUUCCUCUGGUGUUGGAAUGUUUGAUCCCUGUUCCUGCAUUCCAGAACUUUCACUCUUCAGGUGCUCCUGCCCACUUUUGUGCUGCCUUUUCUGUCAGGGAUGACAGGAGGGUCUCCCCUGGUUUUGGAAGCUCCAGAACUGGAGUUUGCUUUGAUCUCCACAGGGUUUUAGAGGACUGGAAUUCUGCUUUGGAUGAAAGGUCCCCUCAUGCCUUAAUUUGGGGUGUUUUAACUUGUAUUUCCUGGCACAUCUUGGCUGUUUUUUGUUUUGUGCAUCUCGUUUUUGUGGCCUUUAUGACAUUGUGUAUUUAAUGUGUGUUACCUGCCUGACCAUGACUGAAAUCACUGUCUGCAGACAACACCUGGAACAGGGAAUGCUUUGUUUUCCUGGGAUACAGGCCCUUCCUUAAAGUUUUUCCCUGAUGUAUAGACCCCUUCAGCUGCUGCAUUUUACACUGUUACAUUAGUGUGCAACUACAAUAAAGGAACAGAGAAACCCA